AUGUGCGUCGAACCGCAAGAGACAGAACAACGAUAUGAUAGGCCUGUUCCACGCCCUCCAAGGUCGCCCACCAAAUCCAACAAUAUCCGCUCCCACAACCGCCGCCGCGAGUUUCUCACCAGAAAUCCCCAUUACUUCCAAAACUCAGAACACCAGCUGACAGAUCCUCUCCUCUAUGACAACCUGGUCCGCAGGUUUCAGACGCCCGCAGAGCGAGAGGCAGAUGGCCGAGCCAAAGGCUACUCCCGUGUUUUAGAGGAGUCGUUGCUAAGGGGAGAGGCCCGCCUUGCCGACCUCAACAAGUCUUCAGCUAACGGCGGUGAUGCUGAAAAGAUUGACUCCGCCAAACGCUUCACCACAGAAUCUGAUCUUUCCCAAACACAGAAUAAGCAGGACGGGCUGGAUAGAUGGACCGAGUUUCUGGCAGAACGUUUUGUUCACGGUCAUGAUGACGACUUCGACUACACACAAGUCGAUGACAACGACGAAUACGAUGACAUGGAGAGACGCGACGCCGAGGACGCAUGGUUUGAUGCGGAAGACCCGAGUUGGGCUAGCGACGCGGACCACGACAUAAAUGGUCGUGUCAGUCAUGGCACGCAAAAGCGAGGAGAAACUGGUAUCCAAGACUUCUGA